CGGCGCGGCGCAGGCACUCUGCUGCUGGAGGGGAGCGGAGGAGGACGGCGCUCGGCUCCCGACACACUCCUUGGAACACCAACAUGCUCCUCUAGGAGACACGGUGUCUUUGAAGCGCAGCUGAACUGAACAGGAAAAAGAGAGAAAGAAAGACAGAAAAAGGAGGGAAUAAGAAAAAGGAAAGCCGCUGAAGCCGCUGAGUCCAGCUCGCCGUCAGGCUCCGUCUCCGCUCCGUGUGUCUGGACUGGCUUUUGUUCGCCUCUGACUCCCGUCCCCUGUCAGCAUGGACCAGGCGGAGAAGGAGAGCAGGUCGGACGAGGAGGCCGAGUACGAGGACGAGGAGGUGGACCCGAGGAUCCAGGGAGAGCUGGAGAAACUCAACCAAUCUACCGAUGACAUCAACAGAUGCGAGACUGAGCUGGAGGAUGCGAGGCAGAAGUUCCGCUCGGUGCUGGUGGAGGCCACGGUCAAGCUGGACGAACUGGUGAAGAAGAUCGGCAAGGCGGUGGAGGAGUCCAAGCCUUACUGGGAGGCCCGCCGGGUGGCCAGGCAGGCCCAGCUGGAGGCCCAGAAGGCCACGCAGGACUUCCAGAGGGCCACCGAGGUCCUGCGGGCGGCCAAGGAGACCAUCUCCCUGGCCGAGCAGCGGCUGCUGGAGGAGGACAACCGGCAGUUCGACUCGGCCUGGCAGGAGAUGCUGAACCACGCCACCCAGCGGGUGAUGGAGGCGGAGCACACGAAGACGAGGAGCGAGCUGCUGCACAAGGAGACGGCGGCCAAAUACACGGCAGCCAUGAGCCGCAUGAAGCAGCUGGAGAAGAAACUCAAACGCACCAUCAACAAGUCCAAGCCUUACUUCGAGAUGAAGGCGAAGUAUUAUCUGCAGCUGGAGCACCUGAAGAAGAACGUGGACGAGCUGCAGGCCAAGCUGUCCCAGGCCAAAGGCGAGUACAAGACGGCCCUCCGGAACCUGGAGAUGAUCUCCGACGAGAUCCACGAGCGACGGAGAAACUCCGCCAUGGGCCCCCGCGGCCGAGGAGUGGGCUCCGAGGGCGACAGCGUUGCCGGGGACGACAUCUCCAGCUUUAAGUUGGAGUCGGACGGCAUUUCCAUGACCUCGGUGUGUUUCGAUGACGACGUGUGCGGCGGCGGCAGCAUCAUGUCGGAGGAAGACUCGGAGACUCGCUCCACCUGCAGCCUGGGCUCGUCCCCCAGCAGCCCGCAGGACCUCCUGACCGCCUGCCACUUUGCCAGCUCCUCCCCGUCCUCCUCCUCCUCCUCCUCUUCCUCCUCCUCUUCCUCACCGUCACCUACCCCCUCCUCGUCCUCCUCCUCCUCCUCCCCGGCUCCUUCGUCGAGGCCCUGCAGUCUGGAUCUCCCCAGCACGGUGUCGCUGUCCGACUUCGGCCUCAUCUCGCCGGUGCUCGGCCCUCGCAGUGAGUGCAGCGGGGCGUCGUCGCCUGACUGCGACCUGGAGAGAGGAGAUCGGGCAGAAGGUGCUGAGGGGGAUUUGGAUAACGCACCCAACAACAACAACAACAGUUUGGCCUCCAACACCAAGAAGACCCUGGGCCUGGAGGGACGCUUCAGCUUCCUGAACCUGCGUCGCCCGCGGCCCGACAACAUCAAAACCACAGACAGUUGCUCCCAGAAGGCCAACCCCAGCCAAACCGUGGUCCUGGUUAAAGGAGUCUGAGAAACAAUGAGGUCUUCAUGGAGGAAGGUUUUUUUUCCUGCCCUGCCCCAAACUGUCUGAUAGAGAAAACAGUGAACUAUUAUCAGGGGCUGCCACGCUAGCUCCCGCCACCGCACUCCAUUUGCAAAGUCCAUGGACAAAAGGUGACUGUGAAUGUUAAGGUUGGUGUAUGAAUACAGUUCCUGUGGAUCACGGCUAAGAUACAACUAAGGACCCUCUUCGUUUGAGGACUGGCAGUGUUGUUCUACUCCACUUCCUGUAUGAAGGACCUUUCACAUUGCACAAACAACGUUCUGUUGGACACAUGUUGGUGAAGGGUUUUGGAGGGGAAGUUGCUCAUGUUUUUUUUUUUUUUUUCUUUUCACAUUUCCAGUGGCAAACUGCACUAAAAGUGAAAAAGCUUGUCGCAGCAGCAAAAGUACACUACUAGCUUUCAUACCUUUGACUUAAAGUCAUUCUUAAAAUUUAUUUUGAAAUAAAAUAAUCGGGAUCAUAACCUUCAAUCAAAAUGGAGAAGUUAAUACUUUCGAAUGCCACUCAGCAUGCUCUGAACCAUGCAUAAGCAAUGUUUUAAGUGUUAUUUUUAAAUAAUUUAAGUCAUAGAUGUUAAUGAAUAACCGUGCCAUGGUCCAUUUUGAUCUAAACCAUCUGUUCUACACUCCUACACCAGAUCUGUAAAUAUGUUCUUGUACUUUUUGAAGAUAUGUAUGUGACAUUAUGUAUGUAUGGACCUGUCCUGCCUCAGUUUCCGUUGAGGAUAUUUAAUUGACCACCAACAUUUCCAUGAUGAGCCCAGGCAUGGAUCCAAAACUAGAUCAAGCUGCACAGAUAUGGGACGAAUUGGACUGCAAACUGGAUAUCUUUAGGAGAGCGAGUUCUCACGGUGGACCACCAUGGAUUUGAGUUAUCCCUCCUUGCCCUAAUUUGUCUUUUAUCCGUUCUGCUUUCAUGUGGCAUCAGAAAAACGAGCAUUAUGAGACAGCAUGCACACCGUCUUGUUAUCCCUCUCCUCUGUGUGGUGUCCCCCAAGGCUCUAUACUGGUGUCCCUAACUUUCCCCAUAGCCCCUUCCUCCUGAGGACUGUCCUACUGAAAGACAAAGCAAUACAAAGACAGAAAUUGUACACCGUAUCCUCUGAUGGACAUAUGUAAAUAGGGAAUUUACGGAAUGAGACAUUAACAGUAAAACAACGGAAAACAUUUUAACCGCAGGGCUCCGAGCGCAGAGGGUAAAGCGGCUCGAUGAAACUGAUGGAUUGUGUCGGUGGACUGUGUUCACGGGUGAGGUAAUUUAUGUAAGCUAACAGAACGGUUGCUGAGUUGUUGAGACAUCCUCUGCCACAGUGUUUGGUCAAGCUAUUUGUUAUAUAGAUACAUGUCAAGCCAAAUGUAUCGUACUGGUGUGUAAGAUGUUUAUGAGGCUGGCACAGUACUGUUCAAAGGUAUACGUUGACAUUUCAAAGUUCAUCCUGUUUUCCUCAGAUAUUGUCAUAUUGCAAGAAAAAGAAGUAUUUACAUUUGGUGUUUAUUGCUCUGCUGGGUAGCAUACAUCAUUAAAACUAAUCGUGACUACUAACUAGAAGGUAACAAAUAAGCAAUUUCAGCGAGGAAUUUGAACUAACUGUUCGCAAUUGCGGAGCCACAGGCAGAAUUUAUUUUUAUUUUUUUUUCCUGCAAUGUGAGCAGUGCUUGGCGGGGAUAAAAAGGCAGGCUAAGAUUUAAAAAAAAGUCAGCGUGUACCUUUUUCAGGGUUCCUGUUGUCUCAGCUGCUUUUGUAGUAUCCUUAAAGAGCAUGUUUGGAAACGAGGGUGUUAGGAAAGUAUUGGUGUGCAGCCUUUUGCUUUGUGUGAUCUCUCUUCUGUCUGUGUAUUACAGUACGUACGUGUGUGGCCAAAGCGUAACGUUAUCUGUUUGUGUAUGUGUUUCUGUGUCACUUUUUAAUGUGGAAUUAAGGAUUUACCCAGGACCAGUCCUCUCUCAUGAGUCUUUGUUCGCAGUGGGUCGUGUUACGGUAGUCCUCUCCAUCCUCUCUCCACAGCUCAUGUGCCUGUUUUUCAGAUAACAGCAAAAUAAAACCGGCGUUCACUUCA